UUUAAGUUCCUAAGAAGCCCUUAUUCUAGUUCAUUGACAAAAAUAGCCUCUCAGAGUGAUAUAAAUGCAGGUGAUGUCUUUCUCCUUGUUGUCCCACUCCAUCCAAGACACAUAGAAAUCGUAAGAGAUGGCUAAUUUGGAAGCUCUUGCCAAGGCUUUCACAGGACUUGGAGUUGAUGAGAAGUCAUUAAUAGAAAAUCUGGGAAAAUCACAUCCUGAACAGAGAACAUUAUUCAGAAAAAAAACUCCCCAACUUUUCAUAGAGGAUGAACGAUCUUUUGAACGUUGGAAUGAUCACUGUGUCAGACUUCUUAAGCAUGAAUUCGUGCGAUUUAAGAAUGCUUUGGUGCUUUGGGCUAUGCAUCCUUGGGAAAGAGAUGCUCGUUUGGUAAAGGAGGCAUUAAAGAAGGGUCCACAAUCUUAUGGUGUGAUCGUAGAGAUUGCUUGUACAAGAUCAUCAGAAGAGCUGUUAGGAGCUAGAAAAGCUUACCAUUCUCUCUUUGAUCAAUCCAUUGAAGAAGAUGUCGCCACCCACAUCCAUGGCAGUGAGCGCAAGCUUUUGGUAGCACUUGUAAGUGCCUAUAGGUAUGAAGGCCCAAAGGUUAAGGAAGACGCUGCAAAAUCUGAAGCUAAAAUACUUGCUAAUGCUAUUAAGAAUGGUAACAAGAAGAACCCCAUUGAGGAUGAAGAGGUGAUCAGAAUACUAUCAACAAGAAGCAAGGCUCAUCUCAAAGUAGUGUACAAACACUACAAGGAGGUUUCUGGAAAUAAUAUUCAUGAGGAUCUUGAUGCUUCUGACUUGAUCUUGAAAGAGACAGUUGAAUGCUUAUGCACCCCUCAUGCAUAUUUCAGCAAGGUUUUGGAUGAGGCAAUGAGCAGUGAUGCACACAAGAACACCAAAAAGGGUCUGACUCGAGUAAUUGUGACCCGAGCAGAUGUGGAUAUGAAGGAGAUUAAAGAAGAAUACAUGAACUUGUUUGGAGUUUCUCUAUCCAAGAAAAUUGAAGAAAAAGCAAAUGGGAACUACAGGGAUUUCUUGGUUACCCUGAUAACAAGAGAUAAUUGAUUGAAAAGACGGAUAUUGUUAUUUGGAUCUUGAUUCAAUGUUGAAGUCUGGCUUUAAUGUUCAUCUUCUCUUUGAUCUUUGUUUCAUCGUAUGUGAUCUUCUGCAUUUAUGAGUUGUUUUAGCAUAAGGUGAUGCCUUAAUAAAUGGAAAUUCUUUCCUCUUAUGGUAUCACCCUCACAGUUUUUUUUCUUGUGACACUACAAUGUGGCUCUAUUUGGCAACUGAGAGAGACAGUGAAAUGGUGAGGAUGGGAGGGAGAUACCACAUGUUGUAACUUUGAGCAUUCUUCUUUGAUAGAAAUUGAUAAUUUCUUGUUUUUCUUCUAAUAAAGAGAUUUGGGAAUUUGAUUCUUCAGCAAAA